CCGGUCGGGAGAGCCACGGCGCGCGGGGGGCGGCGUGCCUGCGGCCGGGCGUCCGCGCGGGGGAGAUGAAUUGGAGUCACACGACUGGCUGUUUCCUUCCGAGGGCUUUUGGCCAGCAGUCCAUUAGGGGAUCGUGACAACUUUUUUUUUCUGGCUAAAAGGAUGAAAACUGAGUAAGUACAUAGAACUUUGAACUUGACGCGGAAUGAAACCAGUACAAGCAGAACCCUAACAGUCACCAUGUCCAUUCACACCGGGCAUUCCCUUUUUAUGCUAAAAGCCGUGAACGCUUACGGGACAGCGGCAAUUUAAAACUGGAGGAAGGGAAGCAGCGAAGAAACACGAAAGGCUGAAAGCAGGACUGCUCAAAACUCGGAGGAGAAAUGAGGAACCGCUGAGGCGAGCUGGCCUGCAUCCCGCGGGGCAACAGGCGCUUUUGGUUUUAGCCUAUUGCGCUCUUCAGUGCUGUUUCCAGGCUCCAGAUUGACUUUGGGGUUGUUUUCUUUUUUUCCUGUGAAGUCUUUGCUGUGAGUUUAAGGAUGUUGUGGAAAUAAGGCAUUACCGGAGGCAACAGUCUGGCAGCCUGGGGUACGCUCAGGUUAUUAGUUACAACUAUUAUUAUUUGGAUGUCUUUUUUUUUUUUUUUAAAUUUUUAACCCAGGCCAGCCACUUUUCACUGUCAUCCAUGGAAGAGAUCUUAUUAACCGCCUCAGACUUUGGGACCUAUGAUUCUUUGGCAUGAACCUUUCGGAAAGUUCUUCAGCGGGGAUGGAGCAAUCUUGAUUUCAGUUGUGGAUAAAGAAGGCUGAUCUGUAUUUUUCAUGCUGACAAAAAAUAGCUGCUAUGACUUUUCCGGCAACGUGGACAGGGGCCAAGUGAAGCUGAACUGGUCAUGGUCUGUCGUCCAGUGUUCCCUUGUCGUCGGCGACUUUGUCCCCGGCCCUUCCUGGUGGGCUUGGUGGUGGCAAUCUGUCUCUUCUACCAGACCCUGACACUCCGAGGGUCGAGGAAGCUCACAGCCGCUGUCCCUGGGGCUGCCCCGAACACACCCCCCGAAACCCAGGCAAGCAGAUGCGAGAAGGGAUUCUCCCCGGACAAACCGUGCUUCCUUCCCUCCGGUAAUGCACAGGAAAUCAGAAAGAUGGAGAAAUCAAUAGAGACACACUUUGGCAGCCAUGACAGAAGGGCCAUACUCUACAGGCCUCCUUCCUUCAGCAAAACAGAGCUUCAGCUCCACCAGCACAUUCUCACUCAGCAUCGCUAUAUGGUUGUCAUCGCUGAAGAAAGGCUCGGUGCUGGCCUUGGGCUGGGGCUGCUAGAAAAAGGUGAUUUGGGCUCUUGGGAUCUGCUCAUUUGCCUGUCUUCUAGGGAAGCUGGUGGAAAACCUUGCAUAUCCAAGGAAGACAUGUGCCAUUUAGGUUUACAUCAAAAGGUAAAUAUAUUACCAGAUAUACAGCAUCAGCUUUGCAGAAAAGAAGGAUUAUGUCAAAUAAUUAGAAGAUUUCCAGAAUUGCGACUUCUGGUGAGCCCCUCUGUGUGUCUGGAUCAGAGCAUACAGUUAAAGCUGAGCACUUCGAGUCACCUUUUAAAAACAGUGAAGCCACAUAUGUGGAAACCAUGGGACUGGCGACGUGAACAACUGAAUCAAACAACAGCCCUUGCUCGACAUGAAACAAUCUUCAGAGCUGAAGAACUAUCUGUGAUUCUUAAAGCAUAUGUGUUGGUGACAUCCUUAAGACCUUUGCGUGCAUUCAUUCAUUCAAAUGGCACAGUUUGGAAUCCACCAAAGAAAAAACGCUUCACUGUCAAGCUGCAAACAUUUUUUGAGACAUUCCUGACAGCCAGUUCACCUCUUCAGGCUUUUGAUAAUAUGAAAGAAGCAAUUAGCAAACUCUUGCUAGCAGCUGAAUUAUUCAGCGAACCAUCUACUCUGGGACCAAAGGCCUUCAAUAGAUGCAGAUUAUGUUUUCAACUUUUCACUUUUGAUAUUGGUUACUACAGUUUUGGGUACCCCGUAGUGCUCCAGGUGCAUGAACAUUUAAAUUUUCAAGAUGAUGAUAAUAUGGAUUUUGAGGACCAAAACACAGAAGAAUUCCUUUUACAAGAUACUUUCAAUUUUCUCUUCUCUAAUGAAUCUUCACUUCCAAUGUUUUCUGAGAUAUUUCAGGGACUUUAUAGAUCAGGUGUUUUUAAGGGUGAAAACUAUCAGAAGGAACAAAACCAAUGCCUGUCUUUAGAGGAGAUCAACUCAAUUAUGACUUUCACAAAGGAACUUGGGAACUUGGGGCAAUUCAAACUGCUCUUUCCAUCUACUACUCCUAGGAUUCGAUCUUUGAUGCGUGAAUUUUAUGAUAGGGCAAAUCCUGUGGGACGACCUGGUUCAAUCCUGACUCAAUGCUGGUCUCUUAUAAAUGUAUUUGAACAGUUUCAGCUCCUGAAUAAAAAGGCACAGCUACAUCCACUGGAAUGGCAUUCUUUCACAGAGGAUGAGAACAUUGAAAAACCACAAGUGCCAUUUGAUGCAAUGAGAAAUAAAAAAGCUGCUGUUCCACGAAUCAUGAAUGAAACCAAAGAAGUUCAUUGCAGUAAUGAUGACACACAAUGUUAUAUCAAGCAGAUCCUCACACAUCCACAUUUGGAGCUAAAUCCUGAAUUUAACCCAAAGAUCAAAGAUUAUUACUCUGAAGUCCCAUUUGAUGUGGUCACAGUGACAAUUGGAGCGGAGACUUCUAAGUGUCAGUGCAAGGUGUACCUGCAUGAUCGGGCAGGACCAAGCUUUGCCAACUACCCUCUGGGUUUGGGAAUGAACAAAAUCUCAAUGCUGGUGGUGGAUGAAUCUCCAGCACAGGGGGAGACCCUGAGCACGUAUAAACUCACCAUCUACAGAGAAGACCGUCCAAGUCUGCCCUUGUUUGAAGACUUCACAGCAUGUGGUUUUGUGCAGGAUUGUGGUUUGCUGAUUCACCCAGAGGAAACCUGUGGGUUACAGCCUAUUUCCUCUGACUACAUUGAAGCCAUUUCACAGCCCGAACUAAAGAUCUGUCCAUCUGGGGACACAACAGGCCAAUGGAUCGUGCCUUGCCUUAGCUGUUCAGACAACAGGACCUGUGACUGGAGGGAAAUAACUUGGCAGCCCCACGACUGCCAAUACGGUGUUCUAACUAAGCCCCAACUCCAGCAGUGCCUGGGAGGAAGGAAGAUUCUUUUCAUCGGAGACUCAACCAACCGAGGAAUAAUGUACUAUCUGAUCGAAAGACUAAAUGAAACCCUGCAGGAAUGGCAGAAGGUGCACAGCACGAAAUUCUAUCACAACAUCAAUGGUGGGAAGACUUUGAUCAGUUAUUCCUAUUAUCCUCAGUUCUGGAUAAGCCCUUCCUUGAGACCAACGUUUGAGAAAGCACUCGAACAUCUCUUGCAAAGAUCCCGUCCCCUGGAGAACACGGGCCGGACGGUAUUGGUCGUCGGUGGUGUUCAGUGGCUCAAUUCCAAUCACCUACAAAUUAUUCACAAGGUUUUGAAGAGGGAAAAUUUACUCAAUAUCCUUGUGAUCAUCAAAACUUUGGGAAUUGGAUUUCAUCUCCCAGUGGAUGGAUUGCAUUUCUUGACACAGAGUGAAGUUCAGAACUUAUGGAAAGAAAAUGUGAUUAUUCUGGAUGCUGCAAAAACCUAUGGCUAUGAAGUGGUUGACACAUUUACUAUAACAAUGGGGCGAUACAAGGAGUUUUUGCAGGGCACAUGUGGAUGCCAUUUUCAUGAGGACAACAAACAGGAUCCAGGUAGCUUUUGCCCAAGAGUGGUUUUGGAUAGUGUCUUUAGUUAUGUGGCAAACAUCUACUAUGAGCAAGCCAAAACCUGGGAAGGAUACAAAAAUAUUAUCGGCCCAGACCUGGCUGCAGGAGGGGCAAAUCCACAGCUGUUUCGUGAUUAUUAA